AUUGGAUUCCUUGGAUAGAAGCUCAGUAGAUGGCUUUGUCAGGGGUAGAUGCCCAGUGGAGGGGUCCAGUAAAGAAAUGAUGGCUCCCAUCAUUAGUAGUAUGAGUAGACACCUAUUAGUAUUCAAGGUAGCUAUAAUCUCUAGGAAGCACGACAAGAUAUCCAGUAGCACUACUAGUGAUCUAUCGGAGAGCUACCUAAUGCUACUGGGAUAUGGGAAUCUAGUGGACACUACCUGUCACUACUGGGCACUACUCGUCCAGGGCCCAAUUUCCUGA